AUGGCGGCAAGGGUGGACUUAAUAGUUUUCUUCGUGUGCUUUCUCUAUCUUAGCAGAAAUCUAGUUGAAGCAGAUUGGGGAUUAUCUUUAAAGGAAGAACUGAAAUUUAAGAAGCGACUUAUAAAUCUUAAAACUUCUGCAAUUAAAAGCAUCCAAACAAGAGAUGGAGAUAUAUACGAUUGUAUUGAUUUCUACAAACAACCUGGCUUUGAUCAUCCUUUUUGGAAGAAUACUACAUUUGAGAUGAAACGUAAGUUGUUUUCACAAGGAAUGAGAGCCAAAGGGAAAUUACCAUUAAAUAUUGGGCUAAAAGGUCCAGGGUGUCCUUAUGGAACAGUUCCUAUAAUAAGAAUCAGUAAAUAUGACUUGGCAAGAGCCAAAAUGCUUUCAAAGAUAUAUUCUUCAAAUAUCGACGAAGAACCUGGACAUCAUUAUGCAAUACUUCGAACAAAAAUUGACCCCAAUAGGAAGCUUGCUGGAAUUGAAUCAUUUAUUAGCUUAUUUCAUACAAAAGGAGUUACUGGGUCUCAGUAUAGUGCAUUCCAGAUGACACUUUCAAAUGGUUUUGACACCAUAAAAACAGGUUUCACGGUAAAUCCUUUAUUGUUCAAAGACAACCAAACUCGGCUAUUUGCGCACCUCACGAUUGAUGGAAGAACACAAUGUUUCAAUCAACAAUGUCCUGGAUAUGUGCAAAUAAAUUCACAAAUGCCUCUAGGUUGGCCAAUAGAUGUGACUUCUGUUAUAGGUGGACCGCAAUUUGCCCUUAAAUUGCGAAUCAAUAAGGAAAUACUUGACGGGCCAUAUUCAACAAAAUUUGUUUGGUCAUUAUACUAUGAAGAAGAGAAUUAUCUAGUUGGUUUUUGGCCCCCGACACUAUUUGGGAAAUUGAGUGAGUUUGGCAAUCAAGCUGAUUGGGGAGGAGAAGUUUACAGUCCAUUAGACCAGCCUAGUCCCCCUAUGGGUACUGGCCUUACUCUACCUGGGACAGAUACAGACCAUUUCGCUCAUAGUCGUCGAAUUGCAACUGCAUAUGAGAACGCAAAGUUUAAUUUUGUCAAUCCAAUCGAUUCAGAGGUUUAUGCAUCUAAUCCAGAUGCAUACAAUAUUAAAGAUUUAGGAAAUAUCAAUGAAUAUUUUGGACGUCUUAUUUGUUAUGAUGGUCCUGGUGGAAUCAAAGGAGCUUGA